AUGGCUUAUCGACGUUUAAGUAUGACUCCUGGUGAAGCGUUACAAACUGAAAUACCUGAAGCAAGACGUAUGGAAAAUUAUCGAUCUGGAAAUUGUUUAUUAAAUUAUUUUGAUCCAAAUACAAAAAAAUUUCGUAAUUUUACAGCUUCACAAUUUGGUGAUGUCUGGAAUCAUUUCGAUCAAGAUGGCAAUGGAUUUAUAGAUGGUGAAGAACUUGAAAUGUUCAUGGGGAAACUAGUCGAAUGUAUCAUACCGAAGCAUGCUAGAAAUCAACUAUCAGAGGAUGAUACUCGUGAAUUAGUCAACGAGUUGUUAAAAGUAAUCGAUACGAACAAUGAUAAUCGAAUCGAUAUUAGAGAGCUGGCUCAAUUACUUCCAACUGAUGAAGAAUUUUUAAUUUUAUUUCAACGAGAAAAUAAGCUAAAUUCCAGUGUUGAUUUUAUGAAAGUAUGGAGAGAAUUUGACAAAGAUCACAGUGGAUUUAUUGAAGCGGAUGAAUUAAAAGAUUUUCUCACGGAACUUCUAUCGUUUGGAAUACGUAAAGAUGAUGAAAAAUUUGAUGAAAAAAUUAUUGAAUAUACUGAUACAAUUUUGAAGUUAUUUGAUCAUAAUCAAGAUGGAAAAUUACAACUAAGUGAAAUGUCUCGUUUAAUACCAGUGGAAGAGAACUUUUUAUGUCGUCCAAUAUUUAAACAUGCUGGUAAAAUUACUGCAGCUGAUGUAGAUCGUGUUUUUGCAUUGUACGAUACAGAUAAAAAUGGAGCCAUUGAAGAUCUUGAAUUGUAUGGUUUCUUAAAAGAUCUUCUUGAACUUGUGGAAGAAGAUUUUGAUGAAUCAGAUCUUGAUUAUACACGAUCUAUGAUUUUACAAAAUUGGGAUUUCAAUAAUGAUGGGAAAAUUAGUCUAGAAGAAAUGCGUAUGCUUUUGUUGGCUUACAGUUCAAAAGACUCAAAAAUGGAUAGUGAUAAUUAUAAUUAUAGCAAUAAUGGUUCUAAAGCCAUCAAUAAAAAAAUAUAUAUGGGUAAAUCUAAUCCAAGACAUUCAACUGCGGAGAAUAUAGAACGUCAAAACAUUAUUAAAACCACUUGGUCGAAACGGAAAUGA